UAGCUGGUGGGGCACACAUUGAGGAAAAAAAGUGCGUUGCCCGUUUAAAUCUCCAUCCCGACGACUUUACAGUGGUUUGACAAUCCGUAGAGGUUCAGAGAUCUCAAAUUAAACGGAGACAACGACGCGACCACGAGACGGAACAGAGGGGUGCUUCGUGUUUCCUGGUCGGAGAUUGUGAGAGACAAACGGGGAAGUGUACGGGAUCUCCUCGUCCUCUUCUGAGGAGGAGUAGCGAGAAGGAUCGGAGGACCAAUGCGCAGCGUGCUGACACAGUUUGACUAAAGCCUCGACAUGCCUGUGGCGUUGACUGGCACCGAGCGUGUGGUACCCCCCCAGGUCCUGGAUACCCUGAGUGACAGCAACAGCUCCACCACCGCCAAUGACCUGGACCUCAUCUUCCUCAAGGGCAUCAUAGACAGCCCCGUGUCUCUGCUGGAGACCCAUGACUCGGUGGCGUCCCAGGUGUGUGACACCCCUCCACCCAGCCCCUGUGCCUACAUGGAGCCCCCCGUCAGCAACCAGCCUGUGCCCUCAGAUACCGUCCGGAUGGUGGGCAUCCGCAAAGUAGCUGGUGAACACCUGGGCGUGACUUUCCGUGUGGAGGCGGGGGAGCUGGUGAUUGCCAGGAUCCUCCACGGAGGGAUGAUCGACCAGCAGGGUCUCCUCCACGCGGGUGACGUCAUCAAGGAGGUGAAUGGGAAGGAGGUGGGUGAGGACCCGAGGGUGCUGCAGGAGAUGCUGCAGGAUGCCAGCGGCAGUGUGGUGCUCAAGAUCCUCCCCAGCUAUCAGGAGGGCCACGUGCCAGGACAGGUGUUUGUGAAGUGUCACUAUGACUAUGACCCGGCCACUGACAACCUGAUCCCGUGUAAAGAGGCGGGGCUUAAGUUCUACACCGGUGACAUCCUGCAGAUCGUCAAUCAGGGUGACCUCAACUGGUGGCAGGCUCGUCGUUGUGUGGAGGGAGGCAGUGCUGGGCUGAUCCCCAGUCAGCUGCUGGAGGAGAAGAGAAAAGCCUUUGUCAAGAGAGACGUGGAGCUAGCUCCCCCAGGAAACCUUUGUACUGGAUUGGCGGGAAAGAACAAGAAGAAAAAGAUGAUGUAUCUAACCACUAAGAAUGCAGACUUUGACAGGCAUGAGUUACUGAUCUAUGAGGAUGUUGCCAAGGUGCCUCCGUUCCGCAGGAAGACGUUGGUUCUGAUUGGUGCUUUGGGAGUGGGCCGACGCAGCCUGAAGAACAAACUGCUGCUGUCUGACCCACAGCACUACGGCACCACCAUCCCCCACACCUCCAGAAAGCCAAAGUUAGGGGAGCGGGAUGGCCAGAUGUAUGCCUUCACCUCGCGGAGCAAGAUGGAGGUAGACAUCAAGAACGGUCGCUACCUGGAGCAUGGCGAGUACGACGGCAAUCUCUACGGCACCAAGAUGGACUCCAUCCAUGAGGUGGUGGAGGCCGGUCGCAUCUGUGUACUGGACGCCAAUCCUCAGGCCUUGAAGGUACUGUGGACGUCUGAGUUCCUGCCUUACGUGGUGUUCAUCGAGGCCCCUGAUUUUGAGGUCCUCAAGGCCAUGAACCAGUCGGCCAUCGAGACUGGAGUCGUCACCAAGCAGCUGACGGACUCAGAGCUAAAGAGAACAGUGGACGAGAGCCCUCGCAUCCAGACGGCCUACGGACACUACUUUGACCUCACCAUCGUCAACGACAACCUGGACGAGAGCUACAAGAACCUGAAGGCAGCUCUGGAGAAGGUCUCUGCUACCCAGCAGUGGGUCCCAGUCACCUGGGUCUUCUAGUGAGAGACAGAAGGACAAGAGGCUGGUGUUGAACACUUGUUCUCUCAUUCGUCAACACAAGACAUCCGAUGAUGCUGUCUGGCUCAUCAUCACAGUGACCUCUGGACCUCUGACCUUUGGACCCCAUACAUAAGACUGAACUGACAGCAUUCUUUUUGCUGUGUACAUAUUGCUUUUGGAAAUUUGUCGACAAAACGUCAAGGAUUUUCUUGUUUGGACAUUAUGUGAUUCUGGUGUGUGUGUGUGUGCAUGUGUGUGUGUCUGUGUGUGCGUGCAUUCGUGUGGUUGCAGAGUGUCUUAACCAUAAUCAUGUUCGGUACAUUGAUUCUUUAGGUCAGCAGUAGUUUGUCUAUGUUUACAUGAAUCAUUAAAUGGACAUUCAGAAUACACACACACACACACACAGCCAGCUGUCUUAUUCCCCAAAUUCUAUUUUUAUUACCAAAUUCUAUUUCUUGUACGGGGAGUUCAAGUUGAAACCCUUUUUGACACCUACUGUUGAGUACUUCUUUUUUCUAUCGUUUCAAAAACGCAAGACGCUGAGGUGUGAACAUAAAACAUUCAAAUAAUUUGAAGAUAGCAUGUAGAUACACAGAGAGAUGUGUAUGACAGAUAGACUGUAAAUACAACCUUUAUUUAUGUGACCACACGGGCACUUUCUAUGUGUUUUUGAUGUGUCGAAAGCCUUCUUUCUAUUUUAUUAAAAAUAAAAUACUAUUUCCACCCAGGUCUGCUGUACAGUACAGUACACACCAAUUUGACAAAUUAACAUCUCCAUAUUUUUACACGAUGGGUUGCUUGAUGUUGGUUACAAAGAAGGCCUUCUGGCGCCAUUCAUCAGGCCUUCUGGGUAACCAACAGCAAGGAACCCAUCAAGUAAAACUCUGGAGCCAUUUUACUUGUUCAACUGGGCAGACCUCUUUAUUACACUUUCGCAACAGAGGACCUUGUGAUGCAGUAGUACAGGAUGCGUGGUCUAUUGGGUCAGUUGAAAUUGAUGCACCCCAGGCUUUGGGAAAUUUGGUGAUAAUUCGUUUGGGAAAGAGAAAGCUAAAGGCACUAGACACGAAACAGAAGAAAACAGAGGAUGUACUACUUCUCCAAUAGGAUACGCUUGUUUUUGUUUUCUGUUGCGAAACAUUUAGCUAUAAUGUGCCCUAAUAAAUAUGACCCUGGAAACUCCAGAGGAAUGACACACGACACACAACAAUGACAAGUUUGUGUACUCCCGAUGAGUGUAAGGUCAUAGGCUCUUAUUUUUAGUAUGGUUUCUACAUUCCAUGAUGCUCACAUGUAUCCAUGGCAUUUUCAAACACCAAGAAUAUGAGUUUGGAGAUUUCAAUUAGAUGAAUUCAUGAUUGAACAAUUUCAAGAUGCCUCUGUAUUUGACUGUGUAUCAGUCACCGUUUCUAGAUGUACUGUAAAUGACAGACUGUGAAUGUAGAUAGACAAUAGACUAGAGGCAAACGCUAACUACAGUAACAGUGUAUUGUUUAAAGGAAAAUUAACUAUGCAUUUGAUGAUGCGCACAAUUAAAUUCUUAAAAUCAA